CGGUAUAAAGAGCCCGGCCGCGACAGUGGUGCAGCUCCAAGCUACGCGCGGGGUACACUCCCCUCGUCGGUCCGCAUCCGUGCCUAGCAGCCAUCUGGACACCUCGAAGAUGGCACCCGUUGGGGGCAAAAAGGCCAAGAGGGGCAUCCUAGAACGUUUAAACUCUGGAGAAGUUGUGAUUGGAGAUGGAGGGUUUGUCUUUGCACUGGAGAAGAGGGGCUACGUGAAAGCAGGCCCCUGGACCCCAGAGGCUGCUGUGGAACACCCAGAAGCAGUUCGCCAGCUUCAUCGAGAGUUCCUCAGAGCUGGAUCCAACGUCAUGCAAACCUUCACCUUUUAUGCAAGUGAAGACAAGCUGGAGAACAGGGGAAACUAUGUUGCAGAGAAAAUAUCUGGGCAGAAAGUCAAUGAAGCUGCUUGUGAUAUUGCCCGGCAAGUGGCUGAUGAGGGAGACGCUUUGGUGGCAGGAGGCGUGAGCCAAACGCCUUCGUACCUCAGCUGCAAGAGUGAAACGGAAGUUAAAAAAGUAUUUCAGCAACAGCUAGAGGUCUUUCUGAAGAAGAAUGUGGACUUCUUGAUUGCUGAGUAUUUUGAGCAUGUUGAAGAGGCUGUGUGGGCAGUGGAAGCCUUGAAGACAUCUGGGAAACCCGUGGCAGCAACCAUGUGCAUCGGCCCAGAGGGGGAUUUGCACGGCGUGAGACCCGGAGAGUGUGCAGUGCGCCUGGUUAAAGCAGGAGCGUCCAUCGUUGGCGUGAACUGCCAUUUUGACCCCACAACCAGUUUACAAACGGUGAAGCUCAUGAAGGAAGGCUUGGAGGCUGCCCGACUAAAAGCCCACCUGAUGAGUCAGCCGUUGGCCUACCACACUCCUGACUGCAACAAACAGGGAUUUAUCGACCUACCAGAAUUCCCCUUUGGACUGGAGCCCAGAGUUGCAACCAGAUGGGAUAUACAAAAAUAUGCCAGAGAGGCCUACAACCUGGGGGUUAGGUACAUUGGUGGCUGCUGUGGAUUUGAGCCCUACCACAUCCGGGCAAUUGCAGAGGAGCUGGCCCCAGAAAGGGGAUUUUUGCCACCAGCUUCAGAAAAGCAUGGCAGCUGGGGAAGUGGUUUAGACAUGCACACCAAACCGUGGAUUAGAGCAAGGGCCAGGAAAGAAUACUGGGAGAAUCUUCGGAUAGCCUCAGGCAGGCCAUACAACCCUUCCAUGUCGAAGCCCGACGCCUGGGGAGUGACCAAAGGAACGGCUGAGCUGAUGCAGCAGAAAGAAGCCACAACUGAGCAGCAGCUGAAAGAGCUCUUUGAAAAACAGAAAUUUAAAUCUGCCCAGUAGCCUCCAUGGAAGCCAUUUUUGCUGACUUCUAUGUUUGGGCCACAAUUCCCAAAAAUAAGGAAAAGAUGGUUUAAAAAGAAUGCUUGUGUUAAUGCCAGGCUACGUGUAAAAUUGGUAGUAGCUAAACAAAACAGAAAUACAAAUAGCCCUGGAUAAUUUAAAAAGUAUAUUUUAGAAAUUUACUUAGAAGCAAAGUGAGAAGUAAAUCUUAAACAGGCUCCCUAUCCCACACAUAAGGUAUUAAGGAAAUCUCUGUGGCCAGUGAAAAGUAACUCAGAUAUUCAUUCCCACUUUAGUUAAUUUGCAGGCUAAUAAGGAGGAUGAGAUAUGAGCUGACAUGACAGUGAUAGAUAGAGUGCUAUAGGGAAGGGACUUCCAAGUUCUUUUCAACAUGACCCUUGGUAAGAAACAAAAGUUUAAUAACCCAGUAAAACACAUGCCAUAAAAGCACUGAAAUAAAAUGUGUGAUCCGUUUUGGUA